AUGAAAAGUCUCUCCUUUCUUGCAGUUCUAUCUAUCUUGGCUUUGACACUUCCCUUAGCUCUUGCUUCUGAUCCAAGCCCCCUUCAAGAUUUCUGUGUUGGCGUCAACUCACCAGCAAGUGGAGUGUUUGUGAAUGGAAAGUUCUGCAAGGAUCCAAGGACCGUUUCUGCAGAUGAUUUCUUUUUCUCAGGACUAAACAGACCUGGAAAUGUAAAUAACGCGGUUGAGUCCAAUGUGACAACCGUCAAUGUUAACAACCUUGGAGGAUUAAACACCCUUGGAAUCUCACUAGUUCGUAUAGACUAUGCACCACAAGGUCAAAACCCACCUCACACUCACCCACGUGCCUCAGAGAUCUUGGUUGUCCAACAAGGAACCCUACUCGUAGGGUUUGUCUCAUCAAACCAAGACGGAAACCGUCUUUUCACCAAAACACUCAACGUGGGUGAUGUAUUUGUGUUUCCAGAGGGACUCGUCCAUUUCCAAUUCAACAUAGGACGAAUUCCAGCGGUUGCUAUCGCUGCUUUGAGCAGCCAAAACGCAGGUGUUAUCACGAUUGCUAACACGGUAUUUGGGUCUAACCCACCUAUAGACCCUAAUGUUCUUGCAAGCGCAUUCCAGAUGGAUUUUAAUGCGGUCAGGGAUUUGCAAAACAGAUUCUAA